UACUGUAGGUGAUGAGAAGUUUUUGACCAAAUCAGAUAAAGAGGGAUUCUGGAGUGUGACGUCUGAUUGUUUAUAGCUCUAAGUCGUGUGGAACCAUCACACACGUUAUAUUCACGUGACUCCAGCAGCAACAGUGGCCGGUGGGAUAAAGUUACCGUGAAGCUCGUUCUCCCAGUUCUCUCUUCAUCGUCCAUUAGUCCCCGUGGUCGAUCUAAAUCUGUCAGAGCUGGAGCAGUGGAGGGGAGGGGGGCAGCUCGAGCUACAACCCAAGCCCCAACCAGGCAAAGGGCAAAGACAGUGACCACCUCAACCGGGUCUCUGUCCCACUCUCCGGCCUCAUCCCCUUGGGACGUCACUCAUCUGGACCAGCUCAGUCAUCUGGACCCAUCGAGGUCUUCUUUGACUUCUGGAGGGGAAAAGGAAAAGUGCAGAGUUAAUUGCGGCGAAUGGAAAAAGAGGUGUAGAGUUACCGGUCGUGGCCUGAGGGGUUGGGGCUCCAGCCUUUCACGUGACGCUGCUGGAUUGGAAUUAAAGACUGGGAUUAAAUCGCACACGGGAGUCGAGGAUCUGCGGCAAACGUUUGUUUUCAUGGCAACUUAAUGUGCGCAGAGGAUUUACUGCUGGAAUAGACGUCUUACUUUGACACUGCAGUAUGACUGAAGCAGUUGAAGCGCGGUCGUCCACCACCACCACCAUGGUCAUCGACAGUAAGAGCGGAGACGCCGGCUCGUCGUCUCAACGGACCCCAAAGAAAACGUUCACAGAGGACGUGCACUCUACGUUCAGCUCCCCGCUGGCCUGGAUCUUAGUCCUGGCCCUCGUCAUCACGUGGUCCUGCGUGUUUGUCAUCGUGUUCGACCUGAUGGACUACAAGACUCUCUCAGGUCGCCCGCCUCCUGGCGUCAGGAAGGUUUUUAAGGAUUCAGAGCGUAGAGGAGGCCUCACUAAGAUCGGCUCAGACCCCAUGAAGGUGGUGAACGAUGCGGUGGAGGAAUCAUCAAACCUGAUCAGUUUGAUGUUCAAAUUUGCCGCCAACCUGGUCGCUCCAGAAGAAGAUGAAGCAAAUCUCUACGCCGUGAGAAAAAAAGGAGAAUUUCUACCGUCUCGAAGUAAAGUUGUAGGGAUGCAAGCAAAGACGAAACCACCAGUGGUUGAAGCUGUAGAGGAAGAGGAGGAGGGAGAUGAGGAGGAGGGAGACGAAGAGGAGGCUGCUGAGGAGGAGGAGGAGGAGGAGGAGCAGGAUGAAGGAGAUGCAGAAGAGGGGGAACAACUAGAUGAGGAAGAGGAGUAUGAAGAGUAUUAUGAGGAUGAAGAAUAUGAGGAUGAGUAUUAUGAGGAUGAAGAAUAUGAGGAUGAGGAAGAGUAUGAGGAGGAGGAAGAAUAUGAUGAAGAGUCGGGCGUGUCUCCCGACUCUGAGUCUGACGCACCUGUUGACGUCAAAGUCAGCGAUGAAGAUGUGACUCUGCCUGAUGACGCUGAUAAAGAAGAUGAAGAAGACAAAGAUGAUGAAGACGACGAAGAUGACGAAGACGACAAAGAUGAUAAAGGUGUCGCGACAUCUGACAGCGAUGAAGACGACCUGAAGCUUGAUCUUCCUCCUGUCGUCACAGUAGGUGAGGAUGAGGAAGAUGAUGAAAUUGAGGAACUCAAAUUCCCAGAGGAGGAAGAUCUUCUUCUUCUGGCCGCUCUUGAAGAAGACUAUGGAGACCUGAAGGACAGUGAUGAUGACGAGGAUGAUGAUGAAGAUCUGGAGGACGUCUCUGUUGCCUCCUCUGAGCACUUUGCAGAUGAUGAAGAUGACAAUGAAGACAGUGACCUCAGAGACGAUGACCUUGACAUCGACUUUGAUAAAGAUGUCCGCGUUGACCUCGACGCUGAAGACGAUGAUGAUGAUGAUGAUGAUGAUGAAGACGAUGAAGACGAUAAAGUUGAGGAGGAAGUUGACGUCGCUCCCUUCGAGAGCACAGACAGUGGAGUCCUAGGUGAUGAUGAUGAUGAUGCUCUGGGAACAGAUGAAGGGUCUGUUGGAGAGACUGUCUACAGCGAUGACAUCACCUAUGACACAAGUGAUGAAGACGACGAUGACGACGAUGAAGAUAUUGAUUCCAGCUCGCUUGAGUUCAGCCUCGAUCAAGAGGAAGUUAAAUUUGUUUACACUGAAAAAGACGAAGACGAGAUCAUGUCAGAGUCUUUAGCUGAUUGUCCGUGUUUACAUUCUGCUAAAACCAAAGAGUCCGGCACCAAGACUGCAGAGAAAAAAGAGGCUCCGAGGAGGGUUUCAGCUGUGAGGAGGAAAAAAGACCGCGACGCUGUGAAAACAGACGACAAGCCGAAAAGGAAAGCUCUUCCCAGAGUUGCGAGUCUGGAGCCGAAGAUCAGGAGGAUCAGGAGAAUCCCGGUUCCUCUCAGAGUCAAGAGAGACGAGAAGACAAAAACUUCCAAAACAGAGACAGCGUCCAAAAAACAAGACGAGGUCCCAGAGUCUGGACAAGAAGUCGGCCCCUGCAGACCUGCCCCCGUCUACUGUCCGUCUCCGCCUGGCUGGUACGUUCAUCACAUCGUCACAGACAACCCGUACCCUCCUCCCACCAUGUCAGCUCCGUCUGCUCCUGUUCUCACCGUCCAUCCCGGAGCGCCGCCGCCGCCGAUGCAGCCGCUCUACCAUCAGCCCCCUCCCCCGCUGAUGCACUAUCAACCAUAUCCUCCGCCGCUGCAGCCGGUGAUGCAGCCUCCACCAGAACCAGCUCAGCCGGCUGAAGCGGGGCCGCCAGUGGCCCCAGAGCGGGAGGCCCCGGUGCAGGAGGCCCCGGUGCUGCCGGAGGUUCAGGCUCCAGCUGCCGAAGCUCCGCCGGCCGCAACUCUGCUCCACGAACCAGCGAGUGUGGAGGAAGAGGUGAAGGCUCCACCCCCCCAGAAAGCUGCUAAGAAGAAAACAACGAAGGCGACUGACUCAGAGAAAGAGCCGCCAGCAGCCAAACAGAAAACUAAGAAAGAUGCUGUUGUUUCCAAAGACAAAACCAAAGCAGCCCCUGCAAAGAAAGACUCCGCAGCAAAAGAAGAGAAAACCAAAAGUCCUGCAGCAGCGAAAAAAGAGAAAGCUGUAAAAGAAAAAAUCAAAACUCCUGCAGCUGCAAAGAAAGAGGCCGCAGCUGUUCGACAGAAGAGGAAGUCCUCCUCUGAAAAGACAGCGUCUCCCGUCAAAAGCAAAGCCAAGACAGCUCCUGCCAAGAAAGAUCCGGAGCCGCGUCCGCAGCCGAUCAGACUGAGAACGAGACACGACGCCGUCAAGAGGACGAACGUGACCUCGCAGGCCAAAGAGGAGAAACCGGCCAGAUCGUCUUCCUCUGAACCAGCCAAGAUGAAGUCAGAAACCGCAGCAGAGAGGAAAGGCAAAGCUGAACCGGCUGAGAACAAAGCGGCUCCAGAUAAAGAGAAACAACCGUCUCAAGCCAAAGAGCCUCAGACUGAAGACGACGCCACGGAACAGAAGAAACCAGGCCAGCGAUACUUCCAGUGCAUUUACGUCCCUGGUAAAAAUGCUCAGUACCCUCUACGACCUUUCACCCCAGCGAUGUCCCCCGCCAUGAUGUCCCCCGCACUCCGCUCCAUGUUGGAGCAGCAGCGAGCAGCCAGGGCGUCGGGGCAGUAACCUCACGUCUGACGGCUCAGCGCUCCCACUCCAGCAGGAGGGAUGUUUGAAUCUGUGGACAAAAACAAGGGGACAGACAUAUUUUGUCUUUGAUUCAUUUGUGUAUUUAUUUUUCUCGUGGUUGAGCUCCUGGGUUUUUUUUUCACCCUCCGCUGACGCUUCGCUGUGCAUGCCUGUCUUAAAUCUCUCAGCUCAAUAUCACUAAUAUUCAGAUAUUUUAAUAUUCAUAAACGUAUUUAAUGUACAUAACAUAUAUAUUUAUAAUUGAGGCUGAGUUAAUCAGUUGUUCUUUUUUUCUGUCCACUCCUGAAGCUCCUGAUUUUUUAAAUUUCAUACUGUUCAGGACAUUUGCACAUUAUUCUUUUUUCUAGCCACACGUUACUCGGAUUAGGACAAACUGAAUAAAUUCAUAAUCAGUUCUAUAAUAUAUUGAAUUAUUUAAUAACAUUUAAUUGAACAUGUUGCACGUGAAUACAAGACGAUGGGUAAAAUAAAGCAAACAAUAGACAAAAGCAGUUUCAUUCAAAUACUGAGGUGGCUGAUGGACAGAGGGAGGUUGUUCCACAGCUGUGACCUCAUUUCUCUCAAACCCAAAAUCAUAACUUCAUUAUAUAAAAGAAGUUUUUUAUUUUUUAUGUUUGCUGCUUCAGCUGCAUCAGUCAAAGUCAGAGGGUCAAAUCCCAGGAGCUCCCACAGUUGAUCCAAGCAUCGUCCCCGUCUCUGAGCGUCAGCGUCUCACCAACGCGUCGCCGUUUGUUUAGAUCGAAAGUGAAGAAUCAAGAAGAAGAAGAAGAAAAACUCAUAUUUAGUCAAAAUAAAAAGUUCAGUUUUCUGACUUUAAAGAGAAACUCGACUCCAGUCACAUGUGGUUUAUUAUCUCGAACCAGAACUGACUUAGAACAAUAAGCCCAGAAAUAACGUGAACGAUACGAUUAACAAGGAGAUUUGUAAAACUUUAUUAGUAUAAAAACUUUAUGUAAUCGCUUCAACAGCCACACAAGAGCUGCCAAAAUUCAAAUAAAGUGGGGAUACAAAUGUUUUCUGUUAAUGUUGAAGGAUUUUCAUUCUAAACAUUUUUUACAUUAAGUAUUUAUGUACUCCAGGUUUUAUUUUGAAAGGUGCUGCCAAAUUAAUUGUAAUAACUUAAUAUUAACAUUUUUUAAUUAAACGUAUUUUAAAUCCCUUAAGUUAUAAUUAGUAGUAGUUUAUAUUUUUAUGAAUAAAUUAAACCUUUAUCUUAAAAAUGAAGUCAAUUAAUUGACAAUAAAUUUAAUAUAAGUGUGUAUUUUAACACGUGUGACGUCAGAACUCUGAAACCGUCUCAGACACACUUGUGUUUUUUUAUUACGUGGUGCGUUCAGGGACAGGGACUCUGUGCAGGACAACUUUGACGUGACCAACUCAUGAGACGCUGUGAUUUCUGCCACAGUGGAUGAAAGUCGUUCGUGUCAUGUUGAAGCAUCAGCGCGUUUAUCCUGACGCUUCACAUAUUGUUACCUCACUCGUUCGGAGAUCUGGUUUGGUGCCUGACAACAAACCUGAACAUUACCAGCAAUUUGCUAUUGUCGUCUUACUGAAUGAAAACCCGAUACAGAUAAGAAACAAAGGGGGUUUUCACGCUGGGCUUAAACCUGAGAUGAGACCAAAGACUGUGGACAAAGAUGGACGAGGCCUCGACCAAUCGUGAGUCGGUCUCAGCUGUCAAUCAGCGUCAAAUAUCCGAUUAAAACCAAACUUACCAGAAACAUCAGUGUGAAGCAAACUACUUAAAAUGACAGAAAUUGUUUUUGGAUGUCUAACUUGACUUUUUGUAGUUUGGUCCAUGUCCAAUCUGCUAACAAGGAGGAGGCAGAUUUAUUGACCUAUACUACAGCCUUCCACUAGAGGGCGUCACUAUUGCGGAGCUGUCGUGUCGUCCAUCUUUAUUUACAGUCUAUGGAAACGUUUUGUCAGCAUGUGAUUCAACACGACUACGUGCUUUCAGGUGGUUUCACUUCAGGAACCUGAUAACGUAAAAACACUAUUGUUGCUAUGGUUACCUUGUGCACUUAUCCGUAACAACGAUUACAUAUAAACUAGACAAUCAUUUAGUUUAGGUUUUAUUAACUUUAUCAAAACUUGCGGCACAUCGUCCUCAAACGGUCCCAGAGAGUCUUAAGUUGCGUUCACAAAGUAAAACGUCCAAAGUGAACGGAGACGAGAGGAAGAACGAGAGAAACAGCUGCAGUUCGUUCUGAGUCACUGUUCGUGUGAAUCUGGAUUUGAACUCCGGCGAUGAGACGUUUCAUUGUUCAUAAUCAAAUCUCAGUUCGCCGCAUGUCGUUAGUGUGAACUGUUGAACUCGACGCUCGACGGACGACCUGAGUUUACAAGUUAACGAACAGGAAAUGAGGUCGUCCUGCAGAAUCUGAAGUCAGCCGGCCUGAGGAACGUGAGGAGCUCCUCGUGUUUCACGACCAAAUGAGAUCUGACAACCAUUUACAGCGUGAGGUCACCGUAACGACCCCGGCUGACGUGUCGGUGUUUAGCUCUGAGCUCACGGAUGUUUGGAUUUAUGAUUCCAGCAGCUCUUUGUUGUCUGAGCGUAACGUGGUCAUUGAGCCACAGAGCCGCGGAGCUGUGCUGUAACUAAGGAUUUAUUUAUUAUCUAUUCGUCUUCAUGAAUAUUCAUGAGCCUAAAGGAGGAGCGCUGUGUUUGACCUCGACGACGUCCCUGAUCACAGGAUUUAAAUAAUGACGCUGAGUUUCUCUCCUUCGUGUCGGGACGUUCAGGUGCAGAGAGUCUACUUGAAUCUUUUUUAUUCGGGUGUUUCAUCUUCGGUCGGUAGUUUCUCUGACGGUUCCACAAAGACCAUGUCGCGUUUUUAUUGGUUGAUCAGUGGAGUUUUUGACCACCGGUGGCACUACUGAGCAAUUCUUCAAGAAAUACCACCGGAGAUAUUGACAACACGUCCUGACAUACGACCAGUAGGUGGUUUGUAGGGGGAUGGGGGGGAAUGCCGUCCCCUUCAAACCACACACAGAUAUAUUUAAAAGUCAACAUACACGAAAUAAAGUUGCAUUUACUUGUUUUACUUGUUAUGAUUAACACCUAGUUUCCAUGUAGCUCUGACUCCGAAGUGUUUUCAUUCCGAUGGGAACAUCCGGAAUCUCUGAUGAGUCACGAUGGAUUUCACACGCACCGUUUGCUCUUUGUGCCUCUGGAAGUUCGCAUAAAAACCAAUUAGCUAAGAAGCCUUAAAUCAGUUGAUCUGUUUAAUUGUUUAAUUGAAUAAAAACUAGUUCAGGCCAAUAAAUCAUUACAUUGAUUUACAUUGAUUUAUUUGUACAUAUAAAUAUAUAUAUACUUUGAUAAUAAUCAUAUCAACAUAAUGAGCUUUAACCAGCAAUGUGAAAAUUAAAGAUUUUGUUCAGGUGCAUUUACCUAAAAAAAAAACAGGCAGUGAAAACCCAACGAGCCUUUAAAAGAAAAAGAAAUGCACAUCUGUGUGCUGAACACUAGGGGGCGAAGUCCAAACGGAAUUACGGACACAACACAAAACUGUGUGCAAACGAGGCGUAAGGUAUAUUUCACCUGACGCGGGUGACGAGACGAUCGUAGGUUGUAAAAAUUGUACAAAAAUGACGCCAAGGACAUCGUGAAUACAGACGCGGCCAUCUUCCACUUCUGACGUCAUCCGGGUCCAGAGUCUUCUCAACUCUGCGUUCGCUUCAUGUUUUCAGACGUUCGAUCAAACGUACAGUUGCAGUUUGUACAUGAAUGGACAUUCAAGCGACUGAGGACGACGAUGUGUUGAAAAUCGCUGCAGGAUGUGAUUUCAUCCAUUUCACACGUUUAUAGUUUGUUUAUUUUGUUCUUGAUUUCUAUGCAUGAAAAACACAGACACUGUAAAAUACACACGAAGCCGCUGUCAGUCAGAUUCUGUGUAGAAACUGUAGAUAAUAGUUUAUUUUGUUCAUUUCAUCUGGAGACGAUUCACUCGAGUUUGACCGAAGGAGAAAAAACUAUCACUUCUUGUGUGUGUGUGUGUGUGUGUGUGUGUGUGUGAGUUAGUUUCAGUGCAGCAGUAUAAAUACUUUCAAGUUAUUUCAUUAAGAGACAGUUUAAACUUGGUGUUGCAUGUAUCAUAAAGCAGAGAUGAACCAUGUUGUCGCGAUGAGAACAGUCGGACUCUCACUUGCUGAGCAGAAUGUAGAAUCACCACAGUGCCAAUAUUUGUGUCAUCAUUUUAUUAAAUAUUUGCUGUUUACUGUGA